AUGGCCUCGGACCACGGGCUCCCGGGGGCCGGCGUCUGUGGAGAUUUACCCCCGAGUUAUGCGCGCUCUCCGCCGCCCGCGAACCCAGAACUUGUCCGGAGAGCCAGCUACUGCCACGCUGCUUUCGCUCUCAAACAGAUCUCCAAGGGUAAGGCAGUAGGUCAGAAAGCUCCUCUGUGGAUCCGGGCGAGGUUCCAGGCCCUCCUGUUCUCUCUGGGCUGCCACAUCCAGAGGCACUGUGGGAAGGUUCUCUUUAUUGGACUCUUAGUGUUUGGGGCUCUGUCUGUGGGGCUCCGAGUCGCAGCCAUCGAGACGGACAUCGAGCAGCUUUGGGUGGAAGCUGGCAGUCGGGUGAGUACAGAGCUUCGCUACACCAAGGAGAAGCAGGGAGAGGAGUCAGUGUUUACCUCACAGAUGCUCAUCCAGACCCCCAAAGAAGAGGGCACCAGUAUUCUUACCCAGGAGGCCUUGCUGGUCCACAUGGAAGCUGCUGUGUCUGCUAGCAAGGUCCAGGUGUCGCUGUUUGGAAAAUCAUGGGAUCUUAACAAAAUAUGCUAUAAAUCAGGAGUUCCUAUUAUUGAAAAUGUCAUGAUUGAAAGGAUGAUUGACAAGCUAUUUCCCUGUAUGAUAAUCACCCCAUUGGACUGUUUUUGGGAAGGGGCCAAACUACAGGGAGGCUCCGCCUAUUUACCGGGUAUGCCGGACAUCCAGUGGAUGAAUCUGGAUCCAGUCAAGCUGAUGGAGGAGCUCAGUCAGUUCACUUCACUGGAAGGAUUUAAGGAGAUGUUGGACAAAGCCCAGGUGGGUCAUGCCUACAUGAACAGGUCUUGUCUGGAUCCCUCAGACCCAGACUGCCCUCUUAGUGCCCCCAACAAAGACAGAGGAGAGAGUCCUGACAUUGCCAGGCGUCUCCAGGGUGGUUGCCACGGUUUCAGCCGGAAGUUCAUGCACUGGCAGGAGGAGCUGAUCCUCGGUGGGCUGGUCAAAAGCAGCCAGGACACUUUGCUGAGUGCGGAGGCCCUCCAGACCAUGUUCCUGUUGAUGAGUCCGAAGCAGCUGUACGAGCACUUUAAAGACGACUACGAGAUCCACGACAUCAACUGGAACGAAGACAAGGCCACCGCCAUCCUCGAGUCCUGGCAGCGGAAGUUUGUGGAGGUCGUCCAUCAGAGCAUCCCAACUAACUCCAGCCAGUCAAUCCACGCUUUCUCCACCACCACCCUCAACGACAUCAUGAAAUCCUUCUCUGAUGUCAGCGUCAUCAGGGUGGCCGGAGGAUACUUGCUCAUGCUCGCCUAUGCGUGCGUGACCAUGCUAAGGUGGGACUGUGCUAAGUCCCAGGGGGCCGUGGGGCUGGCCGGUGUGCUGCUGGUGGCCCUGUCAGUGGCCGCGGGCCUGGGUCUGUGCUCCCUGCUUGGACUCUCCUUCAACGCCGCCACCACACAGGUGCUUCCCUUCCUGGCACUAGGGAUCGGUGUGGAUGACAUGUUUCUGUUGGCUCACUCCUUCACAGAAACUGGAACUUGCAUCCCAUUCAAGGACCGGACAGGCGACUGUUUACGUCGCACCGGCACCAGCGUCGCUCUGACUUCCAUAAACAACAUGAUUGCAUUCUUCAUGGCUGCCCUCGUACCCAUCCCUGCCUUGCGGGCUUUCUCCUUGCAGGCGGCCAUCGUGGUCGUGUUUAACUUCGCCAUGGUGCUGCUCAUCUUCCCCGCCAUCCUGAGCUUGGACCUCCACCGGCGCGAGGACAAGCGCUUGGACGUCCUCUGCUGCUUGUACAGCCCCGGCUCCAACCGAGUCAUCCACCUCUCCCCCCACGAGCUGUCGGACGCUGGGGAGCAGACGCACACGCCCACGACGGCAACGACGCACACGCACCAGUACACUGCUGGGUCCACGAUCACGACCAGCACCCAGAUCACCACCACAGUGCAGGCGUUCACUCAGUGUGACGCAGCAGGACAGCACAUUGUUACAAUUCUACCGCCUACCUCACAGAUCUCCACCAGCCCGACUUCCAUCAUCAUCUGCCCCACCUCCCAGGCUUCAGCCACCACUCCUUCCCCCACCACCACUUCAGUGCCGGACCCCUACGGCUCCCAGCUCUUCAACCCGACCUCCAGCUCCACCCGGGACCUCCUGGCCGAGGUGAAAGACUCCAAAUCGGGAAAAAAGUGCGUCCCACUCCCUUUCCUACACUGGAACCUGUCCAGCUUUGCCAGGGAAAAAUACGCCCCUCUGCUCCUCAACCCGAAAAGCAAAGCCAUUGUGGUGGUCCUCUUCCUGGGUCUCCUGGGCCUCAGCUUGUACGGGACAACCAUGGUGCACGACGGCCUCUACCUGACUGACAUUGUGCCACGCGACACCAAGGAGUACGAUUUCAUUGACGCCCAGUUCAAGUACUUCUCCUUCUACAACAUGUACCUGGUCACCAUGGAUGGGUUUGACUACGCUCGAUCGCAGCGGCUGCUGAUCCAGCUGCACAACGCUUUUAACUCUGUUCGAUGCGUGGUCCGAGACAGCGACGGCAAACUGCCCCGCAUGUGGCUGCACUACUUCCAGGACUGGCUCAGAGGUCUACAGAUGUCUUUUGAUGCUGACUGGCAGGCGGGCAGGAUUACAGCUGACAGCUAUCGCAAUGGCACGGAGGACGGAGCUCUGGCGUACAAACUCCUCAUCCAGACCGGCUCCAAGAAGGAGCCUUUUAACUACAGCCAGCUGGUGUCUCGUCGGCUGGUAGACGCUGAGGGUCUGAUCCCCCCAGAGGUGUUUUACAUUUACCUGACCGUUUGGGUCAGUAACGAUCCUCUGGGCUACGCUGCCUCCCAGGCCAACUUCUACCCCCAUCCCAGAGAGUGGAUUCACGACAAGUACGACACCACAGGGGAGAAUCUGCGCAUCCCAGCUGCAGAGGCCCUCGAGUUUGCCCAGUUCCCCUUCUACCUGAACGGCCUUCGCCAGGCUAGCGACUUUGUGGAGGCCAUCGAGAGCGUGCGGGCCAUCUGUGACGAGUUCAGCCGCAAGGGCGUGUUCAACUACCCUAACGGAUACCCCUUCUUGUUCUGGGAGCAGUACAUUGGCCUCAGACACUGGUUCCUCCUGGCGAUCAGUGUGGUUCUCGCCUGCACCUUCCUGGUCUGUGCGAUCCUCCUGCUCAACCCCUGGACCGCCGGCAUCAUUGUGUUUAUCUUGGCCAUGAUGACGGUGGAGCUGUUCGGCAUCAUGGGUCUGAUCGGCAUCAAGCUCAGCGCCAUCCCCGUGGUCAUCCUGAUCGCCUCUGUGGGCAUCGGAGUGGAGUUCACUGUUCACAUUGCACUGGGCUUCCUGACAGCGAUUGGCAACCGAAACAAACGCUCGGAGGUGGCUCUGGAGCACAUGUUUGCCCCGGUGGUCGACGGAGCCAUCUCCACGCUGCUCGGCGUUCUCAUGCUGGCAGGGUCCGAGUUUGACUUCAUCAUGAGGUACUUCUUUGCCGUGUUGGUCAUCCUGACAGUGUUGGGCAUGCUGAACGGCCUAGUUCUCCUGCCGGUCCUCCUUUCCAUGAUGGGGCCGCCAUCUGAAGUCACUCCAGUGGACAAUGCCAUCCGGUUGCCCACACCCUCCCCCGAGCCCGCCCUCCCACCACCCAUUACCCACCACGGAUAUUACACGGGCCACCACAACCCGCGGUCGCCCCGUCAGCAAGCGUUUUCGGAGUCAUCGGACUCCGAGUAUUACUCUGAGAUGACCACCACGUCAGGGAUCGGGGAGGAGGAUUAUAAGUACUGUGACCGGAGCGCAUACAUGGAAUCGCAUGUCAACGUUCCACCUCCUACGUCUCAUAUACUGCUGGAAGCCAGCAAGAACCCCAGCUUCCCCAAGCUCACGGUGGUGAAGCCGUUCAAAGAAAAUGCAACAGGCGCCGGUGGGAGGAUAGAACCAUCAAAUGAAUCUUCGUACAACGCACAGUCACCUCUCGGCUCCCAGGUCACGUGCUGGGACGGGAACAAGCGGGAGCAGCAGCCGGGCCUCCACAGGCCCCAGGCUCAGCCCGGCCAACAUUUACCCAGCGACAGAGCUUACUACCCUGGGAGGACUUCAGGUCAAAGUGGACCCAGGCCUCAUAACGGCAGAGGGCCUCAGCCAAACAGGACUAAAGGGCCAAGCUAUAACAAUAGCACCUCCAUCCUGCCGUUGCAACAAGGCUCGACUGGGGGUCCCAUUACCGUGGUUACCGCCACAGCCUCUGUGACGGUGGCCGUGCAUCCGAACUUGCCGGGGGCGGCGUAUCAAGGCUACAUGCAUGAAGGUUUUGACACUGAAAGCGAGUCAGACUGUUUCGAGGCUGCUAAAAGGACUCGUGGUGACAAAACAAACUUUUCUUCAUACAAGAGAAACUCUAUAGAGAUCCAGGACUUGGAAGAAACACAGACACAGCAUCAGCUCUGCAAGACACAAGGUGGGUUGAGGAUCCAGGCAGCCAAAGAUUGCUAGACUCUCUCUCACACACACA